AUGAGUCCGCUUCUUGCAGCAGUGGUUACAGACGAUCAAGACACCUUACAACUGAUCUUGGAUCAUGCAAAGCGCCGGCAGGGAAAGAGUACUCUUGAGAGCCUCUACAUACCUUAUGCUUUCAGGCUUGCGAUACACCAGCACUCUGCCGGUACUGUCGGUCGACUCACAGAGUUUCUGAAGAGGUCGUACCAUGAUCACAAAGGCGUGAGGGAUGUGUAUGUGCAGAGUCUGCGAGAAGCCGUGAAAUUCGUCCAGCCUCCAAAUGCGGAGAUAGUACGCCAGAUAGUGCUACAUUCUCCACGUGGACCAAAAGUCACUACAGACGUCUUUCUUUAUGCCUGCAAGGCACAUAGCCUAGACAUUGUCAGAGUCCUAUUAUCAGAAGGACAAGUAGAUGUCAACAAGGGUUCCGCUCAAAAUCUGCCACUCCAUGUCGCUGUCAAGACUUCGGACGACGACACUGCUAUUAUCGGAGCAGUUCUUGAUGCUGGCGCCGACAUCAACAAGACGGACUACCUGACUACCAAGCCGAAAACGUACUGUGGGACACCAGCCCAGAAUGAAAGUCCGCUGGAGUUCGCCGCCGCUCACUCGAUGGCUGCAGUCAAGUAUCUUCUUCAGCGAGGCGCUCUCGUGCGUCACGUCGACCUUUGGUACACGAUAUCGGAACCAGAGCCGUACAACGCUUUGCGAGACGCCAGAAUGAAGCAGAGUGGAGAUGAGGUCCCGACGUUCAUGGAGAGUCAGAACAGAAUGGAGCAGGACGAGGAGGCAUAUCUGCAGAGCGAGGAGGAUAGGCUCGAGAAGUUGCGACGCAAACAUCGAAUUUGA